GGAGGACGCUGGGGCGCACAGCCUGCGCGAAGGCUGGCCCCGAUGUGGGUCACCAGAGUGAGUGGGGAGCCGCAGGGGCCGGAGCCCGAGGGUGCAGAGACCCGGCCCACGCGCCCCUCCCACUGGUCCCUCCUCCGCCGGCCCCCGGCGGGCUCAGGUGCCGGGCUGAGCCGGUGAGCGCGGCCGCGGCUGGUGUCCGGUGUCCGGUGUCCGGUGUCGGGUGUCUGCAGCCGCGGGCCUGGUUUGUUCACUGAGCGGCAUUUACAACAGGAGCCACUUUGCUGAAUUCCUGCCCCAGUGGGUCAAGAUUGCUGAGGUGUUCUAGUCUCUGGGAAGGUCUGUGGAGGUGCGCAGCGGCCAGUCUACCAGGAACGUACCUGCAAGCCGUUUUCAGGGACUUCUGCCACAGGUGUAAAAGUUCUUGUGACCAGCAAAGAUGCUGAGACAGAUACUGUCGGAGAUGUACAUAGAUCCUGACCUGCUGGCGGAGCUCAGCGAGGAGCAGAAACAGAUCCUGUUCUUCAAGAUGAGGGAGGAACAGAUCCGACGAUGGAAAGAAAGAGAAGCAGCCAUGGAAAGAAAGGAGUCUUUGGCAGUGAAAUUGAGACCAAAGAAAGAGAAUGGCAAAUCAGUCAAUUGGAAGCUGGGUGCUGAUAAGGAAGUAUGGGUGUGGGUGAUGGGUGAACACCAUCUAGACAAACCCUAUGAUGUGCUGUGUGACGAGAUCCUUGCUGAGAGGGCACGGCUCAAAGCAACAGAGGACGCGGGACUCAGAAAAGCUCAGACUGUAGAAAUCGCCAACAGCUUGAAAACAAAAUCACAGAACCACCAUCUGCAAGCACCAGAGAAGCAGGAAAUUCAAAAUGCCUGUAGGAAAGGAGCUGCAGAGGAGGCAUCAGGGCAAGGAUCUAUAACAGCACCAACCCAGUACAAAGACAAAACCCAAUCGCCCUCCAGUUCUUCGAGAACUAUUCAACAAAUGUUGGCAGAUUCUAUCACUCGUAUGAAAGCGUAUGGAUUUUACCAGAAAGAACCCACAAAGAAAAAACAAGAUGAAGAAAUAAAACCAAUCGAUGAUGACAAAACCAAGCAGAUAUACACGAGCUGGAAAGAAGAUUCUGAAUGGCAGGCAUCUUUGAGAAAAUCAAAAGCGGCUGAUGAGAAGAGACGCUCCUUAGCUAAACAAGCCAGGGAAGACUACAAGAGGUUAUCCCAGAGAGGAAGGAGUGGCGAGGGGUUGCAGAACCCUCUGGCUGCUCCACAGAAGCCCAGAAGACCUCCUCUACCCCCCAAACCCCAGUUCCUACACCCGGCGGGAUACCCUCCAAAGUCUUUAGGGAAUCAGGGAGUAACAAGGACAGCUUCCAACUCUGCCCAGGAGGACAUCAUCCGAUGGUUCAGAGAGGAGCAGCUGCCAUUCCGAGCAGGGUUUCAGAAAAACUCAGACACCAUCGCUCCCUGGUUCCAUGGAAUUCUUACACUAAAGAAAGCAAAUGACCUCCUGAGCGCAGGUGUGCCGGGCAGUUUUCUGAUCCGAGUGAGCGAGAAGAUCAAAGGCUACGCCCUGUCCUACCUGUCUGAAGAAGGCUGCAAACAUUUCCUCAUAGAUGCCUCCACUGACUCCUACAGCUUCCUGGGUGUGGACCAGCUACAGCACGCCACUCUGGCUGAUUUGGUAGAAUAUCAUAAGGAAGAACCCAUAACUUCCCUGGGGAAGGAACUCCUGCUAUACCCCUGUGGUCAGCAGGACAAGCCACCAGACUACCUGGAGCUCUUUGAGUGACAGCUUCCAUCCAGAUCAACCUCCAACCUCCAACUGGGUUCUCCUCUGAGCAGACAUCUCUGAGAUGGACAUUUGUGUGUGAUGCCAAUUUACUCUGUGACAGAGCCAACACUGAACAAUGGAAGUGUCCAUGAGGUCCUGGUGAAAAUCUCUCCUUCACAAAUGUUGGUUUUAAUUCAAGGAAGGGAAAAAUGACCUCACCCUCAUCCUCACUCUGAAAUGGAAAAGGAAAAGGGUAUCCUAACAUGAAGGAUAUGACCUUGAAGGAUGAGACUUCAAUGACUGAUGUAUAUAAGAUUAAAAAAAAGGAAGAAACUGAGAACUUUUAGUAAUUAAGGUGUUACUUUUAAAAUCAGAAGCUGUGUGAACUCUUUUGUGAUCUACAAAUUCCCUCUUUGUAUAACUCUAAGGUCUCAAAGUCCUGUUUAGAUGAACUUCCAUCUUGCCUUUAGAAUGCCAGAAAAGAUUGUCCUCAUUGAGAGCUGAGUUAUCCUCAAAGCACCCCCCUCUCUGUGUGUCUUGGAGCCAGGAUGUAGGAGACAGAAAAGCAAGCCACAAGUAUAAAUUGAAAGGGUUUUAACAGUUAGGUUGAGAGAUUUACCAUAUAUGGAAAGGAAAUGCACAGGGAUUGUAGGAAAGUGAACAGCACCUGGGAGCUUGCUUCCUCAUCCUGGGGAGUAGGGAGAGCACCUGGUCUGCCUCCUUCAUCCCAAAGAUGACAUACAUGUUCAUGUAAGGUGUCAUGUGUUAGUGAUGCACAGACAAGAACAGAAUAAGUGAUCUGUUCAGAUACUACUUCUUGAGGGUUGAAUUGUGCUUGGCACCAAAAAUACACCAAAGCCCUCCUUAUCCGUGAAUGUGGCCUUAUUUGGAAAUUGGGUCUUUACAUAUGAAGACAAGAGAAGAUUGCUUCAAGUAGGGUAGGACCUAAAGCCAACGACUGGUAUCUUUAUAAGGGAAGAGAGGUUUAGGAACGGACACACCGGAGGAAGAAGGCCCCAGGAAAGAGUAAAGGAAGGCCACUGUAAGGCAGGGAACACCAGGAACUUCAGCAGCCACCACAGGCCAGGGACAGAUUCUCCUUGGAACUCUAGAAGAGAACAUGGUCUUGCUCACACCUUUAUUCCAGCCUUUUAGUCUCCAGAACUUCAAGAGAAUAAAUGUCUUUCUAAAACAUUGA